AUCCAAAAUAAAUUACAAGAAAACAAUAUAGGAAGUAGACAGAGAAGUAGAAAUUAUGACUAGUAGGCAGUGUCUUCACUUAGUGCUUCUUCUUGUUCUCUCUAUCAUUUUCAAUACAAGUUGUAUUAAUGCUAAGCUCCAUCGUGAUUUUUAUCGAAAUUCUUGUCCAAAUGUGGAGUCUAUUGUCCGAUCAGCAGUUGAAGAGAAAUACAAACAGACCAUUGUUACAGCAGCAGCAACUCUUAGACUCUUCUUCCAUGAUUGCUUUAUACAGGGUUGUGAUGCUUCCAUCAUGCUGAGGUCCUCAGGAAAUAACAAAGCAGAAAAGGAUCAUCCAGACAAUAUAUCACUCGCUGGAGAUGGAUUUGACACUGUUAUUAAAGCCAAAGCUGCAGUUGAUAAUGUACCUGCUUGCAAGAACAAAGUCUCAUGUGCUGAUAUCUUGGCCAUGGCUGCUCGAGAUGUCGUUGCAUUGGCAGGAGGACCAAAGUAUGCUGUUGAAUUGGGAAGGAGGGACGGCAAAAUGUCUUCACAAAAUAGUGUACCCAACAAUUUACCUCACUCUGACUUUCACUUGGAGAAGCUCCUUCCUAUGUUUGCAUCCCGUGGUCUCUCUAUCAGACAUUUGAUUGCCCUCUCAGGAGCACAUACACUAGGAUUUUCACAUUGCAAUCAGUUCUCAAGCAGGAUAUACAAUUUUAACAGCAAGGACAAGGUUGAUCCAACGAUUGAUGCAUCCUAUGCUAAGAACCUCCAACAAAUGUGUCCAAAAAAUGCACCUUCGGGAGUAGUCAUCCCAUUGGAUCCUGACACCCCUCAAGUGUUCGAUAAUACGUAUUACAAAAACCUUCAGAGAGGGAGGGGGCUGUUCACUUCAGACCAGACACUGUUUACUAAAAGGGGAUCAAGGAGAAUAGUGAAUAUCUUUGCAUCAAACAAGACAGCUUUCGAGAGGGUCUUCAUUGCUGCCAUGACAAAGCUUGGAAGGUUUGGGGUCAAAACCGGAGAUCGUGGUGAAAUUCGAAAAGAUUGUGCUGUAGUGAACUAAGAAGACAAGUAGAGUAGAUCAAAGAUUUAUUCUAGGACCAUUGUGCAGUACUUAUUUCAAUUUCCAAUAAUUACGCAAUAAGGUUUAAUCCUGUUAAUGAA